AUGCGUCGUGGUGACGAUGAAGCUUCUUCAAUUGGGACACGAGUCAUCUUGCCUUCUUCGUUCACUGGUGGUAGACGUUAUAUGUUUAAUCGUUGUCAGGAUGCGAUGGCAAUCUUUGAAAUGCCUGCUAAGCGAUCUCAAGGAAGGUGUAUUUUUUGGUCACUUAAUGCAGGCAUGUAUACUAUUGAGUUCCAAAAAAGAGGUCUACCGCAUGCACACAUGUUACUAUGGCUUAACGGGGAAAGCAACUUACAAAGUGUUGAAAUUGUUGAUGAAUUCAUCUGUGCUGAACUACCCAAUCCACAGAAAUUUCCAUCUCUUUAUAAUGUUGUCACCAAGUACAUGAUCCAUGGUCCUUGCGGUCUUCUUAGACCGAGUUCUCCUUGCAUGAAAGAUGGUAAGUGCUCAAAGUUUUAUCCGAAAAGAUUUGUUGAUCAAACGAGCUUUGAUGAAGAUGGCUAUCCGAUUUAUAGACGUCGUAAUAUGGGUGUGACAGUGAAGAUCAAUGACGUUGAUAUUAACAAUAGAUUUGUUGUGCCUUAUAAUCCACUACUGUUAAUGAAAUAUCAAGCUCACAUAAAUCUUGAGUUCUGUAACAAGUCAAACGUCAUCAAGUAUCUUUUUAAGUAUAUCAAUAAGGGUCCGGAUCGGGUCAUUGCAACUGUUGGAGAAACACAUUAUGUUGGGGAAUCUUCUCAGGUAGUUGAUGAGAUCAAGCAGUAUUACGACUGUCGUUAUUUAUCACCGUCUGAAUCCAUGUGGAGAAUUUUAGCUUAUGAUAUUCAUCAUAGAUGGCCGUCAGUACAGAGGUUGACUUUUCACUUGCCGAACCAGCAGCAUGUUGUAUUCGAUGAUGCUGAUAUCACCACUCAUGUUUAUUUGCGCAACAAAGAUUUGCUGACGAUGUUUACGGGUUGGAUGAUGGCCAACAGGUGGUUCCCAGAUGGGCGGUCUUUAACAUAUGUUGAAUAUCUAGAAAAAUUUGUCUAUUGUUCGAACAGUAGGGAGUGGAAGCCGAGACAAAGGGGAUUCUCAAUUGGAAGAUUGAGUUUUGCUCAUCCGACAUCUGGUGAACUUUUCUAUAUGCGGAUGCUUUUGAAUGAGGCAUGUUCUGCCAUGGGAUUCUUGAUAGAUGAUAAGGAGUAUGUUUCUGCUAUUAAGGAAGUUGCCGAGGUAGCGUCCGCUGCACAGCUAAGGAGGUUUUUUGUGAUAUUGUUGUUAUCUGGUUCCAUGGGAAGGCCUCUGUCAGUUUGGGAACAAACUUGGGCCUAUUUGUCUGAUGAUAUUCUUUAUCGCAGAAGGCAUGAGCUGCAAUAUCCUGAUUUAACGAUGAGUCAGGACGAGUUGCAAACAUUUUGUUUGUUAGAAAUUGAGAAACUAUUGCAUAGUAAUGGAAAAUCAUUGAGAAAUUAUGCCGGUAUGCCAGUUCCUAAUAACUCUCUAGUGUCUCAAUUUAACAACUUGAUGUUGCUGCGUGAGUUGCAGUAUGACACUGUUUCUUUGACUCGUGAGCAUGAUGCAAACGUCUUAAAGGUUUUGUCGGCUCGAUUGCGAUCUGAGAAAAGGAUUGUUAUAAACGUUGCUUCUAGUGGUAUUGCUUCUCUGUUGUUACCUGGUGGUAAGACGGCUCACUCUAUGUUCAAUAUUCCUAUUGAGCUGACUGAAGAAACUGUUUGUCGGAUUAAGAAGGAUAGUGCAAAAGCUGAGGUAGUCCGAUUGGCCGAUUUGAUUAUUUGGGAUGAGGCACCGAUGACUAACAAGUUGGCUUUUAAAGCACUCGAUAGGACGUUACGUGAUAUAAUGGUUUCGGUCUCUGAUAGGAAUAAAGAUUUACCUUUUGGUGGGAAGGUGGUUGUUCUCGGUGGUGAUUUCAGGCAAGUCUUGCCAGUUAUUCCGAAAGGUUCUCGUGCUGAGAUUGUGAUGGCUUCGAUAAAUUCUUCUGUCCUCUGGAAAUAUUGUGAAGUUUGCUGUCUGACAAAAAAUAUGAGGUUAACAAUGGGAUUGGAACAGUCAACUUCUCAGGAGUUAAGGUCAUUUUCAGAUUGGAUACUUCAAAUUGGUGAAGGUCGCUGUGGAACAGUGGUCAAUGAUAAACUUUUUGUUGAGAUUCCUUCUGAUAUAAUAAUUCCUGUCUUGGAAAAUCCAGUGGAAGAUAUUGUAAAUACAAUUUAUCCGGAUUUGGUUCAGAAUUUUCGUGAUCCAAGUUUUUUCCAGGAUAGGGCAAUUUUGGCUCCGACUGUUGACAAUGUUGAAGAGAUAAAUAAUUAUAUUGUUGACUUGUUGCCCGGGGAGGAAAAAAAUUAUCUCAGUGCUAUUCGAUAUGUGAUUAGGUGUUCUGGUCUACCUAAUCAUUCAUUGAAGUUGAAAAUAGGUGUGCCUAUUAUUUUGUUGAGGAAUAUUGAUCCAGCUGGGGGUUUGUGUAAUGGUACCCGACCUGUUGUGCGAGAUUUAGGGAGAAAUGUGAUCGGUGCGGAUAUUGUUUCUGGUAGCAAUGUUGGGGAUAAAGUUUUUAUCACUAGAAUGAAUAUGAUUCCCAGUGAUACAGUUAUACCGUUUAAAUUCCAACGCCAUCAGUUCCCAAUUUCUCUGUCGUUUGCGAUGACAAUAAACAAAAGCCAGGGUCAGACAUUAUCAACAGUCGGUUUGUUCUUGCGUCGUUCUGUGUUUUGUCACGGUCAACUUUAUGUAGCUGUUUCCCGAGUUAGGAAUAGAAAUGGUCUUAAGAUUUUAGUUUGUGGUGAUGCAUUGGUUGAUCCUGUCAGUACUGAAAAUGUUAUGGACAGUUUCUCUAGGCAUGCGCGUGGUUUCAUCUCUGAUGUGGAGAGCUAUCUGCGUUUCAGGCCCGCACACAUCCAAGCUGGAUGUUCUUCUCCAGCGUGGCUUUCUCCUCAUGAAGGGUGCAUGUGCUGCUCUUUGCUUUCGCUGUCAGCUGUCUUUUCUCGCAAUUCCUUCGCGCAAGCCCCUUUUCUUGUGGAUUUAGUUGAUCAAGUUAAGGAUUUUCUCAUUGAGUCUCAAAUAGAAGAUUUGCAAGGAAUCAAUUAG